UUAUAUAAGUUUCUUUGCUUCGGAAAAUCGCGGCAUGCUUCACAAAAUUUGUCUGGACUUUUUUGUAGUGUAGUUUCCUUACUGAAUUCCAACCCUAUUAACAUGUGAGCUAAUUUCAACACUUUUCUGUAGUAUAGAGUUGGGUACAAAAAACUGGUUCACCAAACUCAUUUCGGUUUUGUGUUUUUUUGAGGCCAACGGUGGGCCCUACUACAUAUUAGGAAACGUAAUCUUGAAUGAUCCUUAUCCUGUAAUAUUUGAUUUACUUUGACUCUGUAACAUAUGUGGUAUCUCUGGUCUCUGCCCAAAACGUCAUUACCUACGUAUGUUUGAUAUAAUUUGCCUCUAUAAAUGUUAUUUGGCAUCUGUGGUCAUUCCUAAUCCUACUCACAUGCAAAACAAACAAAUGGAUAAAAGAUGGAGUCUUGAAGGUAUGACCGCUCUUGUAACAGGUGGAGCCAUCGGAAUCGGGCAUGCCCUAGUAGAGGAACUAGCUGGUUUCGGGUGUAAAGUUCAUGCAUGUGAUCUAUCCGAAACUCUGCUCAACCAAAGUUUAUGUGAAUGGGAGAAAAAAGGGUUCCAAGUAAGUGGUUCGGUCUGUGAUGUAUCAUCUCGUUCCGAGAGAGAAAAACUCAUGCAAACCGUCUCAAAGAUUUUCAACGGAAAGCUCAACAUUCUUGUGAACAACGUUGGCUCAGCUCGCGUAAAACCAACAACUGAAUAUCAUGAAGACGAUUUCUCGUUUCAUAUCUCAACAAACUUGGAGUCUGCUUAUCAUCUUAGCCAGCUUUCACAUCCUUUUCUAAAAGCUUCAGAAUCUGGAAGCAUCGUCUUCAUUUCUUCAAUUGCAGGGAUUGUCUCAAUUAAUUGUGGAUCCAUGUAUAGUUUAACCAAAGGAGCUUUGAAUCAACUAGCAAGAAAUCUGGCUUGUGAAUGGGCCAAAGAUGGAAUAAGAGCCAACGCUGUUGCUCCUAAUUUUAUCUAUACUGCUCUGGCUCAACCUUUUCUUGAUGACGCCGGUUUCAACAAGAGUUUGUCCAGUAGAACUCCACUUGGUCGCCCUGGAGAACCAAAAGAGGUUGCAUCACUUGUGGCAUUCUUGUGUCUACCUGCGGCUUCAUAUAUUACUGGUCAGACCAUUUGUGUUGAUGGAGGUCUCACGGUCAAUGGCUUCUCCUAUCAACUACAGGCUUGAGCUGACAGUUGUGUGGUGAUGCAGCGUACAGGCCUAUUUUCUUCUGGUGUUGGGUUCUGUAUUAGGGUUGGCAGAGUAUUCGUGCUUUAGUUUAUGUUCUGUUUUUAACUUUGUCUUUGAUCAUUAUAAUAAAGAGUUUCCCAUCA